CGCCCUUUGGCUUCGGCAGCCCUUAGCGUUCUACCCUCCGUGUGUUCCACACUCCGCGCGACGUUCUUCUCUUACUGCCCUUGGAAACACCACCCAGGGCACACGAUCUAAGUGAGUUUACAUCUUCAAUUUCCUCGUUCUCAACGAUGCUUGAUUUGGUGAGCAGCUACACAGGCCCUUUCUUCACAGCACUGUACGAAGUUGCUCUCGUGCAGGAGCUGCUUGUGCUGGCCACCUUCGCACUUUCCUUUACCUUGUGGCGCCGACUGGGACGACAAGCAAAGCAGCGCAAGCUGGAUGCAGACCGGCCUGACAAGAAUCGCUUGAAGGUGCAGCCGGGAGCCCGACCCAAGGCGCCUGUUCGGAGCUUCAGCCCUCAGGAGCAGGAACAUGCCAAGUCUGUAGAGAAGCAGAUGCAAGCCUUUCUGGCACAGUACGAGUUCACCCGCGCCCUGAAUCAGUAUCGCUCUCUCGAACGCAGCGGCCUGGAAGCUUUGCUCAGUGAGGAGGUCUUUGCAUCUUUCGUGCAAUCUGCAGUUCGAGUCAACAAGGUUGAUGUUGCUGAAAGAAUGCUGCGGACUAUGAAGCGAGUCGGCAUCGUGCCAUCCUUGCAGUUCUGGCAGCAUACAAUGCGGCUCCUUUCCAGUCGGAAGAACUUUGCACUUUGCCUGACGGCAUACAGCAUCUUUGAGCAUCAGAUUCCCAUCGACAAGAUCACCUUCUCCUGUCUGAUCAACGCCGCUCUGGAGCUGAACCUUCCAGAGCGGACGCCGGCCUUACUGCAGAAGUUUAGUCAGGCGGACCUGGUUGCCAAGGAUCACGUCCUUCAUUUUCGGUGCUUCGUGGCGCUGGGCAACGUGGAUGAUGGGGAAGCACUCUUUCGCCAGCUGGGCCUGCAGGUGACCACCCUCAUGCUGAAUCUGCUGUUGCUUAUCUGCGUGAAGAAAGACCCCGAGCGCGCGUAUCGCCUGCUGCAGGAAGCGCAUUUGAAGGAGAAGCAAAUGAAUGAUCGAUUGGUCGAUGUUGUCUCAUACAACACGGUCAUGAAGGGCUUUGGGCGUACCAAGAGCCAGGGACGAUGCUUCGACUGCAUGAAAAGUUUGGUUGAACAUGGCCUCCAACCAGAUGACCUCACUCUUGGAGCAUUGUUGGACGCAUGUGUGGCCGAGAGCGACGUGGCUGUGGCAAACGAAAUUGGGGAUUUGCUACUGUCGAGUGGGCGUCAGCUGAGCUCGGUGAUGUGCACGCUUUUCAUCAAGGGUCUUGUGAGGGCCGGCAGUCUUUCCAAGGCUUUUGCUUUGUAUCGGGCAAUGAAGGACCGAGAGUGUUCCUUUCCGGACAUUAUCGCUUACUCCGUGCUUAUCAAGGGGCUUGUGGAUCAGCAUGAGUUGAACAAGGCUGUGGAGUUGCUGAAUGAUAUGAAGGCAAAUGGCCUGGCGCCUGAUGACAUCAUCCUGACGCACUUGCUCGAAGGUUGCAGGCAUGACUGCAACCUUGAGCUCGGCAAGAAGAUCUACCAAGAUGCCCUGGCCUCCGGAGUUAGCCCUUCUGAUGUGACGCUCGUCACUUUGCUGAAGCUCCUGGGGCGCUGUGGCGCUCACGAGGAAGCCUUCGAGGUGAUCAAGAACUGGGAGGCGGUCCAUGGCAGGAAGCCUUCAGUGAUCCACUACACCUGUUUGAUGAGCGGCUGCUUCCGUACCAAGAAGUAUGACAAGGCCUGGGCCUCCUUUGAGCUGAUGCAGCAGAAGGGCAUCGAGCCGGAUGACACGACCAUCGCCACCAUGUUGCCCGGCAUGGUGGCCAGCCAGGACUGGGAACGGGUGAUGAUCCUGGCCAGGAAGGCCUUCCAGCGCUCGGCCGCCAACUUGCCGGUGGAGGCCCUGAACCAAGCGCUGGCGCAGAUGCAGGGCUCAGCGUACGAGGAGCUCAAGGCAUCUAUGAAGCGCGCUGGGAUUCGCAUUUCAUCCCGAAAUUCUGGAAUCAGAUAGGCGCGCUCCGGGUGAGGCCGCGAGGUGCCCGGAAAAGACGGCCGACGGCCCUGCCAAAAC